UCCAUUUUACUUGUUUUUUUUUCUUUCAGCCAAUCAGGAGUGAGAGAAAGGGAGCAGGAUGUCGGCGCAAGAAUACAGAAAGGAUGACCGGUCGAUAGAAGACCGUCUAGCUCAUAUCGAGACUCAAAAUAACGCAAUUAUUGAUGCCCUUCAAAAGAAGCAUAAGAAGCAUAUUUUCAUUGGCCUUGAGGAUGAAAAUGAAGAGAGAGGGAAUUGGUCAGGCAGAUUUGAUUUCUUCCUUAGUUGCCUUGGUUAUGCUGUAGGUUUGGGAAAUGUUUGGCGUUUCCCGUAUCUCUGCUACAAAAAUGGAGGAGGUGCCUUUUUCAUUCCAUACGUGAUCAUGUUGGCAUUUGUUGGUAUGCCCAUCUUCUUCUUGGAGUUAUCACUUGGUCAGUUUUCCAGCAGUGGUCCACUGACAUGCUGGAAAUACGCUCCACUUUUCCAAGGUGUAGGAGUUGGUAUGGUUGCUGUAUCAGCUAUGGUUGCCAUCUAUUACAACAUGAUCAUAGGCUGGUCACUCUACUAUCUGUUUGCAUCAUUUACCAGUGAAUUACCUUGGGAAAAAUGUGAUCCAGAAUGGGCCACAGAAAUGUGCUUGGACUAUAUCAAAAAGGUGGAUAAUGCUGGUGCAUGUGAGAUGAUGGAAUAUCAUGUCAACCGUACACAGGGAGCAUGUUAUAAUAAAACCACUGACAAAAUUGCUGCCAUAUUUGACCUGGCCUUGGCAAAGGAUAAUGGAAUUGAGAGGCAACUUCCAUCAGAGCAAUAUUUUGAACGUAAAGCUAUUGGCAAUGCUUUUAGCGAUGGUCUUGGGGACUUGGGGCCGAUGCGUUGGCAGAUGGUUCUAUGUUAUUUACUGGCUUUUAUUUUGGUAGUAUUGGCACUCAGCAAGUCCAUCAAGUCAUCAGGAAAGGUUGUAUAUUUCACUGCAACAUUCCCCUAUAUUGUACUUGUCAUAUUAUUCGUUCGUGGAUUGAUGUUGGAUGGAUAUAAAGAAGGAAUAGAGUUCUAUAUCACACCAAAAACUGAUAGACUGACAGACUCUGUCAUUUGGAAAGACGCUGCUGUCCAGAUUUUCUUCUCCUUGUCAGCAUCAUGGGGAGGCCUUAUUGCACUUUCCAGUUAUAACCGUUUCCAUAACGACUGCUUACGAGAUGCUAUUGCAGUAUCACUUGGUAACUGUCUGACCAGCGUUUUUGCUGGUUUUGUUAUCUUCUCGUACCUUGGAAACAUGUCGCAUGAACUAGGAGUUCCAAUUGAAGAUGUUGCAAGAAGUGGAGCGUCCCUUGCUUUCACCGUAUAUCCUUACGCUGUAACCCUACUUCCUGCCUCACCGUUCUGGGCAAUCAUUUUCUUCCUGAUGUUGUUGACACUUGGAGUAGAUUCGCAGUUUGUAUUGGUAGAAACUGUUACAACAGCUUUGAUGGACCGCUUCAUCGUACUUCGUAAAUACAAACUGCUUACAGUGAUGGUCUUAUGUGCCAUCUUCUUCUUGUUGGGUCUGACACUCACCACAAAUGGUGGAAUAUAUAUGUUGGAAGUAAUGGACACGUAUGCCGGAGGUUGGAAUAUUAUGUUUAUUUCAAUCCUAGAGUGUAUAAGUCUUUGUUAUGUCUAUGGUAUUCGUAGAUUCCUUGUUGAUAUUGAAACAAUGAUUGGGUACAAGGUAUGUGGAUUCUGCCCCUUUAUUGCAUGCAAGUACUGGUGGGCUCUCAACUGGUGUGUUAUCUCCCCUGUGAUCGUAUUGGCAACAAUGAUUUUUUCCUGGGUUAAGUACACUGAUAUGGAGGGUGAUGAAUAUCCAGAAUGGUCAGAUGCCCUUGGUUGGCUUAUGACCUUGACUGUCAUUGUGGCCAUCAUCGGUGGGGCACUCCUUGCUUUAUGUUCUGGUGAGGGAAGCUUUACGGAUAGACUUCGUCAGGCCACUACACCAACCGUAGAAUGGGGACCUGCUCUUGUCAAACACAGAAGCUUGGUGGCUAAAUAUGUACCAGGUUUUGUUGUAGAUCCAUGGGGUAAAGGUGGGGAAGUUGCGCCAGAUGACAUCAAGCUACAGAUGAAAGAACCAUCUCAAGUAGAACAGAAAACCCCUAACCCAUCACAUACAGCCCAAUAUCAGGCACAGACCGCCCCGGGGGCCUAUGGGCCGGGCGCACCUGUCUACGUGACUUAUGUUGAAUAAUGUAAUUUUACUUUUAUUUUAUAUAAGAUGUAUACCCUGUAACUGUGCAGUAUUGUCUCUUAAAGUUUGCUUGAAAAUGUAAAAAAAUGAAUUACCAAACUAACAACAUAGGCAUAAUUACAUGUAU